AUGAGCACCGACGCGAUUCCGAUUCCGAGGCUACAUGGUACAUUGGGGACGACCGAAGUCGGGGCUAUCAUAGGGACGUUCCUCUUUGGAAUUGCGUCCCUGCAAACCUUCCUCUAUUACUACAGCUAUCCGAAAGAUCCACGCGGUCUAAAGCUCGUCGUCGCAAUUAUCAUGACCCUGGAAUUAGUCCAUUCAGUCUUGGUGUGGCAUGGGGUCUACUCUAUUACCGUCACAUUCUACGGGCAGAUCGAGCAUCUGCUCAACCCUCCUCACUCGUUGUCUCUAUCUAUCCUCAUCACCGCGCUUAUUCUCCCAUUGGUCCAGACAUUCUACGCCCUUCGCAUCCAAGCGCUGUCUGGCAGCUGGACCAUUACCCUCAUACUCACCACCCUCACAAUCGCGCGUCUGGGCUUCAGCAUCGUGCUGAUGCAAAUCUUCCUGACAUCCACAGGCUUUUCCGUUCUUCAUACCGAAGCGCGCUGGGUCUUCACCACGGUUGCGUCGCUGGGGCCGGCCGUCGAUAUCUUGACAGCCGCCUCUCUGUGCUGGUACUUGUAUCAUAUGAAGGCGGGGAGCCAGCCCGGCGCCCCGAGCCGGCGGAUCGUCGACACGCUUAUUGUUUGGACUGUCGAGACGACUGCUGUGACAAGCCUUGCAGGGCUUUUCCAGCUGAUUUUCUUCCUCACACGCGAUGACUUAACAUGGAUGACGUUUUAUCUUCUCCAACCGAAAUUGUUCUCUAAUUCAAUGCUCGCAUCCCUCAACAAUCGUAAUAACAUUCGCGACAUGGCGGGCGCCGGCGGCGUCAUUACACUGAGCGCCCAGGACACGCGCGGCGGGGUGAGCACCAUACAAUGUCUUUCUUUCCUGCUCCUUCUAUCGUCUGGUCUCUCGUCUGACGGUGGAACUUUGUCCUGGCAGGGUGUCGUGAUCCAGAUGCGUCGCAUGACGGAGACGAAUAUCGACGGGGAUGGGGAUAACUUGGAUGGCGGCCGCGUUUUCUCCAAGUUAGGGGACGAGCACAGUGUACACCCACUGAAUGAAGGACCGGACGGAUUACGGGACGGCGGCUCAAUGCGGAAGUCUAGAAAUACAGAUUAA